AGGACAUACUUCAACUCAAACACCCCUUCAAUAAUCAUACUAAUAAUUCUCUACACUAUUCCUAGUCAUAUAUAUAAAAAAAAAACUCAGGAAUAUCAAACAAUUCAAAAAACAGUCACUCACAGAGUAAGUGUAUAUCCAUCCAAGAUGAAGAAAGCAGAAGUGGUGAUUAUCCCUUCACCUGGUGUUGGUCAUCUAGUUUCCACCCUUGAAUUUGCAAAGCUUCUAAUCAACCGUGAUAACCGUCUCCGAAUAACCAUCUUGGUCAUCAAAUUCCCACACACCACAGAUGACGAUGUCGAUGUCUACACAAAAUCCCUUCCCAUUUCCGAUUCUCUCCAGGUCAUCAACCUUCCAGAAUGUUCUCUUCCCCCAAACACCGAACCACGUUUUGUCAUGAACGCUCUCCUUGAAGCUCAGAAACCAAACGUCAAACAAGCUGUAUCCAACCUCACUACUAGAGAAGGACAACCACCUGGACACCUUGCCGCCUUCGUUGUUGACAUGUUCUGCACCACCAUGAUUGAUAUUGCCAAAGAAUUUUCCAUCCCUGCGCUCAUCUUCUUCACUUCCGGUGUUGCUUUUCUUGGUUUGAUGCUCCAUCUUCACACUCUGUUUGAACGAGACAACAUCGAUUCAACUCAGUUGCUGCAGCAGAACGAGGUAGCCAUCCCAAGUUUUGCCAACUCGAUUCCAAUUAACUCGUUGCCCAGUUUCCUGCUACACAAGGAAUAUGAAUCGUUUUUCAUGAACUUUGCCGGUGGCAUCAAAAAAGCAAAUGCCAUUAUAGUAAAUUCAUUUGAAGAGUUAGAAUCACAUGCUGUUCAAUCCUUUUUCUCUCAUCCUGAUCUAGCAGAAUUACCGGUAUAUCCAGUGGGACCCUUAUUAAACCCCGAGCCCAAAACUAAGGGCACCGAUGAGUCUGAUGAUAUCAUCAAGUGGCUUGAUGAUCAACCUCCUUCCUCGGUAGUUUUCCUCUGCUUCGGGAGCAGGGGCUCUUUCGAUGAGGAUCAGGUUAAAGAGAUUGCACAUGCUAUUGAGAAUUGUGGAGCCCGUUUUGUGUGGUCUCUGCGUAAACCCUCACCGAAGGGAAUCAUGGUUUCACCCUCUGAUUACCCUCUUUCUGAUUUGGAAUCGGUUUUACCUGAAGGAUUCUUAGAUCGAACAACAGGGAUUGGAAGGGUAAUUGGAUGGGCCCAACAGGCCCAAAUACUAGCUCAUCCAGCCACUGGAGGAUUUGUUUCGCAUUGUGGUUGGAAUUCAACACUCGAGAGCAUAUAUUUUGGUGUGCCUAUUGCCGCGUGGCCACUCUAUGCUGAGCAACAGGCUAAUGCUUUUGAAUUGGUGUGUGAACUGAAAAUAGGUGUGGAAAUUGCUUUGGAUUAUAAGGUGGGGUUUAAUGAAGGGCCUAACUAUCUUGUAACUGCGGAUAAGAUUGAGAGAGGAAUAAGGAAUUUGUUGGAUAAGGAUGGAGAAUUCAGGAAAAAAGUGAUAGAGAUGAGUGAAAAGAGUAAGAAGACUUUGUUAGAGGGUGGAUCUUCCUACACUUAUUUAGGUCAUUUGAUUGAUUAUAUUAUGAAUCAGGUAUCAAAUUAAAUUAUCUUAUCACCUACAUACAAAAAUGUUGGAGGGCAUUGUUUAAUUUUCGACAUUAAUCAAUGUAACAAGAUUAAUCAAAUUUCACUUUGGUUGUUCACUUUUUUGCUGUUAUAGAACUGGUGAUUUAUGCAAUUGUUCAGUUUAACUGUUCCUCUUAGUGAUAACGUUCCAUAAGCUAUUUGAAUCCUGUAAUUGUAAGCCUUAAACUAUACAUGAUUGAAGUUCAUUAAAGGGGAUUCAAUGAUGAUGAAAGGGUGAUAUUAAAGUUCACCAAUUUCAAUCACUCACUCAACAACCCAUUUGAGUAUAUUAUAAAAACUUAUUUUGUUUUUUUA